AUGACAACUUCUCUGAAGCCAACAAAGCUACAGUCCUUGCAUGAAGCAUUGGGACACCUUGGCCAUCACAAUAUCAAAGGCAUGAUUUCUAAGGGUAAUGUUUUAGGGAUAUGCCUUUCUACCAAGGAGUUGUCUAAGAAUUCAGGCAUUUGUGCUGCAUGCACACAAGGCAAGAGCAAGCAUGCCUCAUUCUCACCCAGGGGGAGCAGCUUAGCUAAAGAUAUACUUGACCUUGUUCUUUCAGAUUUAUGGGGACCUGCCUUAGUCCAGUCACACUAUGGAUACUGCUAUUUAUACACCUUUACUAAUAUCUCUUCUUCUAACACUCCAGAGCAAAAUAGAGUAGCUGAGAGCCUGAACCAUGUCAUCUUUGACUGA